AUGGCGGGGAUCAUUCUUAUUUCUGUUCUCAUCUUCUGGGCAGCCACAUGGCAGGGAAAGGGAAAUGAAAUUACAGAAAAAGGCCUCUCUUUGCUAGGGUACCAUCUGUGCAACUAUAGCCUGACCAAAAAUGUGUUUAAAACGGUUGCCUACCAAAAGUCCUAUGAAAAAAGCACUUCUUGUGGAGGAUGGAUACCAUGGAUGGUGUGCCCCCGGACGUACUAUAAAACACAGUAUCAUACCGUUGAAGUCCCUGAAACCAUCACUCUUACAGAUUGCUGUGAAGGAUAUGAGCAAGUUGGACUCUACUGCUCUUUAGCACUCAAUAGAUCCAGUGUAUUUGCCUCAAGACCUGGUAUUUGUCCAAUGGAGAAUAUGGAAACAUCUGAUUAUACUUGCACAUUCGAUACUGAAUGUCCAGGGCUUAAAAAAUGCUGCAACUCAUCCAAAGGAGCAGGCUGCGUGGAUCCAAUGCCAGAGGGAAGAACAUUCUGGUACAAUGUGACAGUGCUUGUGAAAAUGGAUUUUAAUGAAUUAAUCAGAGUGGAUUCCCACCUUCUGAAUCAUUCACGCCUUUUGCACUCUAUGAUUACUGGUGCAUUACAGCCCUUGAGUGCCUCUGUGUACCAUAUCCAGAGUAACCGUGCAGAAGUAUACACUGGGACAGUGGCCUCCCAGGUUCUCAUUGGACUGCAUCAGCCAGUUCCACUAGCAGAAGUUUCUUCUUCCUUGAAGGACAUUGUGAAGCGUGUGUAUGAAGUGAUUGACACAGAAGUGCAAGAUGUCAAUGAGUGUUCCUAUGUUGAAUUCAACACUUGUCCUGAGAAAAACACCUGUGUAAAUCUGGAGGGUUAUUACAGCUGUGACCCUCAACAAAGACACGGAGAUGUCAGCCCUCACCAGCUGAGCCCAAGAAAGGAAGGCAUGGCAGCAUCUACUCCAAGUUCAGCAUUGGAUCUCAUUAACAUUAGCAAUAGCUCUCCGUCUAUAAGUAAUUCAAGUCUCUUGUCCAUGACUAACCAAGCUACAGAUGCUGGGUGCUAUCCCUCUGCAAUUAGAAACCACCAAAUCUUCAGCGUUACCAGCAACAGUUUCGAAAUGUCUUGGCACGUCACUUCUACUUUGAACCACACGUUCCAAGUCCAAGUGUUCAAGGGCAAAGAGAUUAUACAAAACUUGAAGACAGAGGAAAUGAAAAUGGAUGUGUCUGGACUGGAAGCAGGUGUAAUGUAUUCAGUAGAGAUCAGCUAUGAAACCUGUGGAAAAACUAGCAUCUUCCAUCAAAAUGUCAAAACAGAGGCCAAGAUAUUUGGUGUUACUCUGAGGAUUCUCAACUACAACUUCACUGAUGAUUUCCAUAACGCCAGCAGCUCAGCAUAUGAAGAAUUUUCAAGACUGUUGCUUACAGAGCUUGAAAAUUCAUUUCCAGCCAACAUUUCUGCUUUAUACAAAUCUGGGAAGCUGAAAGUGCAGACCGAAUCCCUGCAAGCUGGAAGUAUCAUUGUGAGGCUCAGAAUCACUGUGCAGGACCCCGAGUUCCCAGUCGAUGCUUCCACGUUUGCCCUGGUGCUUUCUCACCUGUACAAUGGCUCUGCGCUUUUGGUGGAUCAGCAAAACACUGCAAUAGAAGACUGGGAUGAAUGUGCUUCUCACACCGAGAAUGACUGCUCUGUGUUUGCAGAGUGUAUCAAUUUGAUGGGCUCGUACCUGUGCAGAUGCAAGACAACCAUGGAUACUAAUCCAUCCCGACCUGGAAGAAACUGUGAGGGUGAGAUUGUGGACCCUCUCACUGAAACAAUGGCUCCUGAAGUAACAAACAGCACAGAAUUUGCUCCUGAAGAAGGAAGCCCUACAGCCCCUGCUUCCCCUGCCACCACCGAGAUGGUGGCUGCUGUAGGCUCCGAGACGAGCACCGCUGUACACCUCCCUGCUGCACUGCCCGUGGGUGACAAGCAAAUGCCCCACGGUCGUUCUCCCACCAGCACUCCUCCAGCCCCUUGGAGAAAAAGCCUGGAACCACAGAUGGGCUUUGGCAGGGACAACAGCCCCAUGGGGGUUGCAGCCAGCAAGGAACUUGCUGUGAGUGCAGAGCGGCAAGCAGCUGUAACUCCAUCGCAGCAAAGCUCUGUGACAGAGGCUUCCCCCGGUGCAUCACAGCGAGCGGCUGCUCUCACAAAUGCGCCCAUGGGCGCAGCUGGGCAAGAGCAACUCAGUUCGCCACUGCUGUUGUCUCCAAAUCAAACAGCCUUUGCUACCGCUAGAAAUCACACAGCUUUUGGUGUGCCUCAAGCCAAGUCUCAAGGUGGUCCUGGUACCGCUCUGCCGGCCACAGGGGAUGCUGGCAUUCCCACCCUCAACACCACUCUCAGAGCACAUGUAGAGACAGGAAGGGAGAACAGCUCUUGGUCUGAGAAAUAUGCUGGAGCCCUGGGGUCACCAGCUCUGCCAGGCGCCUCUCCAGCUCCCAGCCCGAUGCCAGGCCCAGCCAUGGACCGCA